AUGGGCAUUCUUAAUGUUGUUGAGGAUCGUCCUACUCCCAAGAAUGUCUACAAUUGGCGAGUGUACCUGCUCGCAAUCAUUGCAUCAUGCGGUUCCAAUAUGAUCGGUUACACUAGUGCUUUCAUCGGCACGACCAUUACAUUGGAAUCCUUUAAAGCGGAAUUCGGGUUGGACAAAAUGUCGGACGCGAGGGUGGAUUUGAUUAGUGAGAAUAUUGUCUCGCUUUUCAUUGCCGGUGCCUUCUUUGGGGCAUUGUUCACGUAUCCCGUUGGCCAUUUCUUGGGCCGCAAAUGGAGUUUGGUGAUAGCGUCAGCCAUAUUUACGCUUGGGGCUGGUCUUCAGCUGGGCGCUAAUCAAUCCCGCGGACUCGGCAUCAUGUAUGCUGGGCGAGUCUUGAAUGGACUCGGUACCGGUGUAGCCUCGAAUAUUAUCCCGAUCUAUCUUUCGGAACUGGCACCCCCGGCCAUUCGCGGGCGACUUGUCGGUCUCUAUGAGCUUGGCUGGCAGAUCGGUGGUAUGGUAGGAUUCUGGAUUAACUACGGCGUUGAGAGAAACAUGGGCCCUAGUCACGAGCAAUGGAUGAUCCCUUUUGCCAUUCAGCUGGUCCCAGCAGGACUGCUUUUUGCGGGUGCCCUAUGGACCAAGGAAUCUCCUCGCUGGCUCUUCCUCAAGGGCCGUCGACAGGAAGCGAUGCGAAACCUCUGUUGGAUCCGCCAGUUGGAUGAGGCAGAUAUCUAUAUUACCGAAGAGGUGGCAGCGAUCGAUCAAGCUCUUGAAGAGCAGGCAGCUACUGUUGGAAUUGGAUUCUGGAAACCCUUCCAGUCCAUUGGUACACGCCCGAUGAUCAUGUGGCGCCUUUUCCUGGGCUGCAUGUUGUUCUUCUGGCAGAACGGGUCGGGGAUAAACGCAAUUAACUAUUACAGUCCGACCAUCUUCACAAGUAUUGGCGUUUCUCAGGAUACAAUCGGCUUGACCACAGGUAUGUUUGGCGUGGUCAAAGCCGUCAUGACAUUUGUCUGGCUGUUGUUCCUCGUCGACCAAUUGGGACGGCGGAAGCUCCUUCUGAUGGGUGCAGUCACGGGCUCGAUCUGUAUGUGGAUCAUUGGCGCGUACAUCUGCGUCGUCCAGCCCGAGGAACAUCCCACCGAUAAGCUGAAUGGCGGCGGCAUUGCAGCCAUCUUCUUCUUCUACCUCUGGACGGCAAUCUACACGCCCACAUGGAACGGCACGCCAUGGGUCAUUAAUUCGGAAUUCUUCGAUCCCAACAUUCGGUCCCUGGCUCAAGCCGCAACUACCGCUAGCAACUGGCUCUUCAACUUCCUCGUUUCGCGAUUCACGGAGCAAAUGUUCGCGAAGAUGCACUACGGGGUGUACUUCUUUUUUGCCUCCCUCUCCUUCCUCGCAUUUUUCUUUACCUUCUUCCUCAUCCCCGAAACCAGCGGCAUUCCGUUGGAGGUUGUGGACCGGCUCUUCGACGUGAAGCCAGUCUGGCGGGCCAACGAGACGGUCAAGGCUCAGAUGAAGGAGGAAGAAGAACGGCUCCGAUUCGAGAUCAAGGAGGGAAACUUUGACAAGAAUGAGCAAGAACAUGUGGAGGAUAGCAACGCCGGGACGCGGCCAUAA